GGCAGAGGAAGUAUUAAGAGGAGUAAUAUAAACACUCCCCCCGGUCCGUGGCAGGGUGCAGAAGGGGCAGCCGCCAUCACCCGGAGCAGGCCAACCAGCUGAGCAGCGCUGCGGGCCGGGCAGAGAUGGGCCUGGCCAUGGAGCACGGAGGAGCCUACUCACGGGCGGGGGGCAGCCCGAGGGGCUGCUGGUACUACCUGCGCUACUUUUUCCUCUUCGUGUCGCUCAUCCAGUUCCUCAUCAUCCUGGGCCUCGUCCUCUUCAUGGUCUACGGCAACGUGCACGUGAGCACGGAAUCCAACCUGCAGGCCACCGAGCGCCGGGCCGAGGGCCUAUACAGCCAAGUGGUGGGGCUCACGGCCUCCCAGGCCAACCUGUCCAAGGAGCUCAACCUCACCUCCCGAGCCAAGGACACCAUCAUGCAGUUGCUGCUGAAUGCCCGCCGCGACCUGGACCGGAUCAAUGCCAGCUUCCGCCAGUGCCAAGCUGACCGGGUGAGCUACAUGAACAACCAGCGGUACAUGGCGGCCAUCAUCUUGAGUGAGAAGCAAUGUCAAGAACAACUCAAGGAGACUAACAAAAGCUGCAAUGCCUUGCUCCUCAUGCUGAACCAGAAGGCCAAGACACUGGAGGUGGAGGUGGCAAAGGAGAAGGAAGUGUGCACCAAAGACAAGGAGGGGCUGGCGCUGAACAAGCGAGUGGUGGAGGAACAGCUGACCGAGUGCGGCAAGGCCCGGGAGCAGCAGCGGCAGGAGCGACAGCUGGCCGAGGAUCGCCUGCAGAAGGUGCAGGCCCUCUGCCUCCCGCUGGACAGGGACAAGUUUGAGACUCAGCUGCGUAACCUCUGGAGGGACUCCAUUAUCCCACGCACGCUGGACACGAUGGGUUAUAAUCUGUACCAUCCUCUCAGCUCUGAAAUCACCUCCAUCCGGAGAAGCUGCGACCACAUGCCCACCCUCAUGGCCACCAAGGUGGAGGAGCUGGCCCGGAGCCUGCGGGCCGACAUAGACCGCGUGGCCCGCGAGAACUCGGACAUCCAGCGCCAGAAGCUAGAGGUCGAGCAAGGCCUGCGGGCCAGUCAGGAGGCCAAGGAGAAGGUGGAGAAGGAGGCCCAGGCCCGGGAGGCCAAACUCCAGGCCGAAUGCGCCCGGCAGACACAGCUGGCGCUGGAGGAGAAGGCAGCCCUGCGGAAGGAGCGAGACAGCCUGGCAAAGGAGCUGGAGGAGAAGAAGCGGGAGGCAGAGCAGCUCAAAAUGCAGCUGGCCGUCAGCAACUCCGCCCUGGACACCUGCAUCAAGGCCAAGUCGCAGCCUAUGCCUAUACCAAGACCUGUGGGCCCUGCCCCCAACCCUCAGCCCAUCGACCCAGCUGGCCUGGAGGAGUUCAAGAAAAGGAUCCUGGAGUCCCAGAGGCCCCCUACAGGCAUUGUUGUAGCCCCAUCUAGUGGCUGAGGCGGCUCCAGGCCCUGAGGACCGAGGUGUGGCCCGGACUCGCCAGUCUGUGGACACGGCGCAGCGAGGCGCCCAUGGUGCGGGCCGGCAGCCAGGGCCACGGCCGGCCGAACUCCCGCAGACACACCAAAGUGGGUGCCCUUGGCCUCCACCCCACUCUCGUGCUUCCUCACACCCCACCACACUGUCUGACACUCUCUCACAGGCCCACACCUGCACCACGCAAUCCCCCGCCCAUAGACACCGCAGUGAUGUCACAUACGGACACAAUGAUGUCACACAGACGUAGCAGUGAUGUCACACCAGCCGAGGCGAUGGCAUCCCACCAAAACAUGGCAGUGAUGCCACACGGACACAGUGAGAACGUCGCCCACAGAUACAGCACCGACAUCACACACACACCCCUUCUGCCCAGCCCUUGCCGAUUCACACCCCUCCCGCGCACACGGACCCAGGCACUCCCAGCACCCCACCCGUCUGCACACCCUCAUGCCCCCGCCACACCGCCCUCCAAUUUUCUCAUCUCCCGACUCCUCGCCCCUAGUAUGCCGGGCCUAGGGAAGUGGGAACAGGACGACAUGAGCCUCCGACCUCCCCAGGAGAGUCUCCUGGCUCCCCUGCCAGCCCACACCUGAACCCAGGGCAAAUGUCACCCACUGGCCCCAUCAUAGCCCAUGAGGGCGGCUGCCCCCCUCGUCCCUCUGCCCCCACACCCGGCCCUACCUGUGGCCCGCAUUAAUGUUAGUGGCACUAAAUAAAUGUUAUUGAAUCCUUUUAAA